UUUGAAACCAAAUUUAUAGGUGAACAACAGCCAUACUUUUUUCCUUAUUUGCAAUAAAAACAACCUGAAUGUAUUUGGGAUGUCUGCGACUGACUGGUACGCGCAUAAAUCGCUGGAAAACGACGUGUUUUGGAUCCAGGAGCGCUUUUAUGAUUCGGGGAACAGGGCGAAUAUUUGGCUCAUACGCGGGUCCCAUCAGGACGUCGUCAUAGAUACCGGGCUGGGGUUACGCAGCCUGCCGGAAUACAUCAACACCAAAGGGCUGUUAGGGGACGAUUCGAAGCGAAAGAACCCUCUGUUAGCUAUCGGCACGCAUGUGCAUUUCGACCAUUCGGGUGGGCUGCAUCAGUUUCAACAGGUGGGCGUGCACAAGGCGGAGGUGGAUGCUCUGGCUAACGGAGAUAACUUCGAGACCGUGACAUGGCUAUCUGACCGCGAGAUCGUGGAGAACCCAGCACCUGGCUGGAGAGCGAGACAGUACCGAGUGAAGGCCGUCACGCCCACCCACAUAUUACAAGAAGGUGAUGUCAUCAACCUCGGGGACCGCCAGCUUACUGUUCUCCACAUGCCAGGUCAUUCCAGAGGAAGCAUCUGUCUCCAUGACAAGGAGAGUAAGAUGCUCUUCAGUGGUGACGUGGUCUAUGAUGGAUCCAUGAUUGAUUGGCUGCCCUUCAGUAGGAUCAGCGACUACGUGCAUAGCUGCGAAAGGCUGGUGGAGAUGGUUGAUAAAGAGGAGAUUGAACUGGUCAUGCCUGGUCAUUUUAACACUUUCGGGAGUAAACGGCUUCACCGGUUAGCUUCCAACUACAUCGCUAGUGCCGGUACUUGCCACAGAGCUUCCACCUGUGUGGUGAAGUCCAUCGCCAGUCUUGCACUUCGAGCCUCCAACUCACGAAGUGCCUGUUAGUAGUUAUGAAAAAGACUACUAUGCAACAGUAUCUAACAAACCUCAAAAAUCACAGAGCAAUACAGUGUGAUAAAAAUAAACAGGAACUUUAGUAUAUAGUUCUGUUAAGACAAGCGCAUGCCACAAGACUGAAGCUUGUUGCCCUUUCAGGUUAUUAAGUCUGCGACUACCAUGCCACAUAUGCGCACACUUGAACCAGUUGGAGGGGAGAAUGAUCUUGCAUUGACACACCUACUCUGCGAUUAUUUGCAUAAAGUGGGCUCCAAAAUAAUAAGAAACUUGAUAUUAGUAUCAUCAAGCAGAACUGCAAAAAUAAUGGCUGUUUUCAGACAGAUUGCAGAAUACUCUAGUUCCAUUUGGUUGUGUAAACCGAUAGUCCUGCCUCAAACCCAUACCAUUGGUUGAGGCAAUGUUGCUGUGUCUGGAUGGGCAACUCAAACAAACAAGGAAACUGAUAGUGCCACAGAGCCACAGUAUUACACUUUUAGGUGAAAUCAGCCUACAAAUGGCUUACUUAUAGUUGACUACAUAUGAAGUGGGUAUUUGAGAAAUACAUUUAACUUAGAAAAAACUCAACGAAUGCCAUGCCGUCAGUCUUGUAGUGUGCGCUUGGCAUUUCAAUCUGUGACUAGUUUUUGUGUUGGUGAGGGUAUCACAUGGUGAGAGAAACUAUUUUGCAUGCGUACACUUAAGUCAUCAUAAAGUCAAGAAUAAUAUUGCCAUAUUUUAAUUAAUAAUUUUGAAUGUUAAAGGAAUAUUUCAGGUUUAAUACACAACAGCACCAGUGGUAUGCUGUCAGUUACCAUAGAAAAAUGUUUUUACAAUGUAAGUCUGUGGGGUAAAUAUACAACAAUGACAGGAAAGUCUACUUCUGUUAUCACAUUUUUGUUUUUGUCAUUCAGAUGCUGUCAAUAGAGUCUUAACUUGUGUUUAACCUGGAAUAUUCCAAUUGACCUUAUUCACGCUAGUGCCAUCUUUGAUUUUUAAUGAGAAUGACAACGGGCUCUUUCAAUGGGCUGUACUGCAGUUUAAAGUGUUUUUGGAUUGUUCUGCAGACAAAAAAUGUAUGAAAUAUUUGUCCAAGAACAUUCAGUAUUUCAAAAACUCCAGACAACACGAGUUGUGGAAAAUCAGAUGUGAUAUAGGUGCUUUAUACCGUUCAUGCCAUUGAAGAGAUGGUAAGUCUGUCCCUCAAAGCCUUGUUGUCAUUCCCAUUAAAGAUAAAAGAUGGCGCUAGUGUGAAUAAGGUAGGAAAACCUAAACAGUUUGAGUGUAUGCUGUAAUCAGGGGUGUUAUUUGUGGUUUACUGAACUUACUGAAAGACCAUGUCUUUUCAAUAGCAUGUCUUUUAGAUCUCCAAAGCACAUAUAGCGUUGAGUGAAUAAGUUUGCACCCCUUUGCAUCUGCAAGAUAUGUAUCAUUUAAAAAAAAUAUGAGAGAUCAUAAUAAUUGCAUUUUUUUAUUUAGCAAUGCCCUAAUGAAGCUAUUUGACACAACCAAUAUUUACAUACAGUAUGUUCCACAAUACAAAGUAAUGACUGAAUUUACACAAUCCUGUUCAAAAGUUUACACCCCCUUGGUUCUUAAAAUGUUGUUGGUGUAUUGCUUCCUUGAUGAUCAAUAACUGAUUGUGUCUUGUGUGAUAGUAAUUAGAGCAUGAGUCUCUGCUUUGUCCUGAGAUGUGAACCUGCCCAUUGUUUUAAAGGAAAAGCCUCCUUGUACUGCAUGUUCUGCAUACUUGUGUUCUUCCCAAAAGUGUUGACAUCCAGCUUUUGACACUUAGGGAUUUGACAAGUAAGGGACUUCUACACAUCUAAUACAGAAGGUGCAAACAUUUAAUGAUGGUCAGGAAGGAAACACACUACAUUAAAGGGAUAGUUCACCCAGAAAUUAAUUCUAUAAAUAUUUACUCACCCUCAUGCCAUCCCAGAUGUGUAUGACUUCCUUUCUUCAGCAAAAUACUAAAUAAGAUUUUUAAGAAGAAUAUUUCAGCUAUAAUAUUUCAUAAUGCAAUUGAAUGGGUGCCAAAAUUUUGAAGCUCAAAAAUCCACAUAAAGGGAGCAUAAAAGUAAUCCAUAUAACUCCAGUGGUUAAAUCCAGGUGUUCAGACAUUAUAUGAUAGGUUUGGGUGAGAUUAAACAGAUCAAUAUUUAAGUAAUUUAUUAUCAUACAUUCUCCUCACUGCCCAGUAGGGGGCAAUAUGCAUGAAGAAUGUGAAUCACCAAAAACAGAAAAAAGAGAAUCUAAAAGUGAAAAUUAAGUGGAGAUUGACUGAGCAGGGAGGAUCAUUUAUAGUAAAAGGGAUUUAAAUAUUGAUCUGUUUCUCACCCACACCUAUCAUAUCACUUCAGAAGAUAUGGAUUUAACCAGUCAGGUGGAGUACUUUUAUAUUGCCCUUAUGGGAUUUUGGAGCUUCAACAUUUUGGCACCAAUUCACUUGAAUUGUAUGGACGUACAGAGCUGAGAAAUUCUUCUAAAAAUAUUAAUUUGUGUUCAGCAUGAGGGUGAGUAAAUUAUGAGAGAAUUUUCAUUUUUGGGUGAACCAAUACUUUAAUAAACAAGGGGAUAGAAACUUUUAAACAGCAUGAUUUAUAUUGAAUGACUAAUAUUUUGUCUUGUGGAAUAGAUGUAAAUGGAAGCGCAGCGUAGUUCUAGCGGGAAGACUAGCAGCUGUACAGAAUCACAUCAUUAGCUGGGUAAUUCAUAGCCAAUCACAUGUAAGCCAUUGCUUUAUAAGUCUGCUCACAAUCUAUCACAAUGCUGGUUCGGUGUGCUAACACUGCAACCUCCACCACCACCAGUUGAGCCCUGUCCCGCACGGGGGUAGGCUCCUCGCCCCUGCCCCCUGCCCCCUGCCCCCUGCCCCCUGCCCCCUGCCCCCUGCCUCCUAUCUCCGGCAGGACAUGACGGUUCCGGGUACAACUCCUUCGGACCGCCGGACGGGGCCUACGCCAAAGAGAGAGACAUUACUUUCUGUUUUACAUCUAUCAAAUAAAUGGCAUGUUAAACUUCACUCAAGCCUGCAUGUCUUCCCGAUAGAAAUGUCUGUUAUGUAGUUUCUGAAGGGCGGAAAGGGGUGUGUAUAAUUAUGAGACAAAAGAUGGAUGCAAACUUAUGCACUAAACUGUGUCAAUGUAGCUGACAUAAAUAUUACCCAUUUACACUCGUAAUCACAUAAAAAUAUCAUACAUUGCAAGUGAAUUGUCUUUGAAGAGACAGCUAUUUGUUUGUGUUAAUGGGAGACAAGGUUAACAUUUAGUAGUACUGUUGACUUGACUUGUUUUCUGUGGCAGUCUCUGCAUGAGAUACUGAUGUUGCACAGCAUGGAAGCAGCAACAUUAUAUUAUUCUAGAAGCCAAGAUUGAAUUGUGCUGUGUACUAUAUGUGGUUAAAGUGCAAUACUUCCGAUCAAAAUAAUCAAAAUCUCUCUCAGAGGCAGUCUUGUUUAGCAAGAAAGAUGUCUAGCCUUCACUGAAAUGUGCCUGAAUGUUGAUUCAUAGUUUUCUUCCAUCACACAGCCUCCAUUAUGCAAACUACAUAAUGUCUUUGCUUUAUUCAUAUGAUUAUUUUUUAUAUAGAAGCACAGACUUCAGUAUGUCUUGGAAGGACAAUAGAUGUUUUUUUAUUAUUUCAUCGGUAAGUCACUGCCUUAGUUUAAGCUAAUGCAAGGGCCUCUUUAGUGUUCAAAUGUGAAAAUAUCACAUUUUGUGAGUGUAUGAAAUGAGAUGUUGGGUAAAAAAAGACGUUCAAGGAGCUUUGAGAAUGACUAAUAUCAAGUCACUCAUUUACGUUGCCAAACUACAAAAAUGCUGUAUUGUAUGAUGAUUAUAAUGUCAUUUUCAUAAUACUGAAAUGUCAUUUUUACUUAAUAAGUAUCAUAUACAGAAGAGCAGAAUGUGUUUGUGUGAACGUGAUGGAGAGUGAUAUACUGUAAGUAUUCUAGUGUUUGGAUAUGGAAGUGAGCUUGAAUAUGUGCACAAUAUUUCUGCUCAGGAAUCCCUUCUUGAAUCCAGCAAAAUGAGCUGAGCUGUACAUGCAACACUAUAUUUAGUGCCUCAUGGAGAGUAUGCAAACUAAUACCUCACAAUGCCAUGACAACAGCUUUUGUAAUGU